CAACUACUUGGACUACUAAGGAGAGUGAGUGAGAGCUAUAUUCCAAAACACUGCAUCUUCAAACUCUCCACCAUGCCCAACUCCAAAUUUUUCUUCUUCCUUCCCCUUUUCUUUCCCUUCAUUGUCGCGGAAUCCGUGGGCUUCGCCCGGAGGAUCUCCCCGAGAUCUUUGGGCUUUCAUGAAGAGAAACUCACCCACCUCCACUUCUUCUUCCAUGACGUCGUUAGUGGGCCAAAGCCCACUAUGCGCAUCAUUGCCGAGCCCGAGGGAAGGGCAAAAGACACAUUUCCCUUCGGGACUACGGUAAUUAUAGAAGACCCACUAACCGCUGGGCCGGAACCGGAGUCAAAGCUGAUAGGAAAGGCCCAAGGGCUAUACACGUCAAUUUCGCAAGUGGAAAUGGCCCUAAUGAUGGUGAUGACGUUUGCAUUCACGGAAGGAGAAUUCAACGGAAGCACACUCAGCGUUUUGGGGCGUAACAACGUUGAGCUACCCGUUAGAGAGAUGCCAAUCGUUGGUGGAACUGGUGUGUUCCAAUUCGCACGUGGGAUUGCUAGGACCAAUUUCGUUACGGUUGAUUUCUCAAAAGGUGAUGCUAUUGUGGAAUACAAUGUUUACGUGUACCACUACUUAACCCCUCUUCUUGAUUCAUCAUCUUCAAAUCCUGCUCAUUUUAAAGAGGGCCUUGAGUAUAUGGUAGAUCCUUUAUUGGCCAAGAUCGAACCUACAGUUAACUGAACAAAUGAAAUUACGGUAGAAGAUCAGUUGCAGUCGAUUUCACGUGAAGUUGAUAUUUAAGAGCCGUUAGAUGAUUUGACUGAUUUAACUAAAUUUUUAUUUAAUAGCUCUCACCUAUCAAUUUCACAUGAAGUCGAAUGCACCUGAAUUUUCAUCAUGAAAUUACACAAGUGGUUUAGUUUAGGUUAGGGCAAAAUCGUCAUAUUCUCCAGAAAUAAAGAUUGGUGAAUUAUCAAGUCAUUUUUCUGUCUUGUUUUUUAAUGGUAAUCUCUAGUAUGUACUAUAGGCAUGUAUCUUGAAAUAAACCAUGCAUGAUCAAUUGGUGUUUAUAUAUAUUCAUAAGA